AACAAACAAAUUGCGCGUUCAAAUUUACCUUUUUCGGAGUGCUUAGAUAUGCGUAUCGCCGGAUAUGCAGUUUUUACUUGACUUUUUUCGCGAAUUAAUCUACGCCAUGAUCCAACUUUUGUCAUUUGGACGCAAAAAAAUCGAAAAUUCCCUGUUUGUUUACAUCAAAUCCAACACCGGCAACACAAUCAGCGUCGAUCUCAAUCCGGAAUGGGACAUUGCGAACGUAAAGGAGUUCAUUGCGCCGAAAUUGGGCAUGUCGCCGCAGGAAGUGAAAAUUAUCUUUGCUGGAAAGGAGCUUGCUGACACGAUUCAUAUCUCGGAGUGCGAUUUAGGUCAGAGAUCUAUUUUGCAUGCCGUAAAAUCGCGUCCUUCUGUCAGAGAUUCCAAUUUAAAGCAGAAAAAAUUGAGUUUUAGUCUCGCGGAAGAAGAUGAAGAUCCUGUUAGUCGAUCGGAAACGCCAACUGCGCCACUUUGCGAGACCCUAAUCGACUUGCAACUCGACUCUGACGAACGAAAACUCGUGAAAAAGGACGAAAUGGACCGAAAAAAGGCUCAUUUUUACGUGCAUUGCUCCACUUGUCAGGAGUUAUGUAAUGGCAAGCUGCGUGUUCGAUGUCGCGAAUGCCUUAGCGGAGCAUUUACCGUUCAUCGUGACCCCGAAAAUUGGGCAGAUGUCCUCCAACCGCAACGAAUUACCGGGUGUUGUGAGGGUUCGGAGACGCCUUGUACGGACAAAAGUACGGGAGGACCCCCGUUUGCGGAAUUUUACUUCAAAUGUGCGAAACAUGUGUCGCAGGGAGAAAAAGACUAUGCAGCUCCCUUGACGUUGAUCAAGACAAACUUGAAGGAUGUCCCGUGCUUGGCGUGCGGCGACUUGUCAGACCCGGUUUUGGUGUUUCCAUGCAAAGCUGGGCACACGACGUGCCUUGAAUGCUUUCGGCAAUAUUGUUCGUCGCGGUUGGCGGAUCGACAAUUUAUCGCGCAUCCCGAUAUUGGAUAUACUUUGGCUUGUCCAACGGGAUGUGAUGAGUCUUUUAUCGAGGAAAUUCAUCAUUUUAAGUUGCUGACGAAGGAGCAAUAUGAUCGGUAUCAGAGAUUUGCGACGGAAGAGUAUGUCUUGCAAGCUGGCGGCAUCCUCUGCCCUCAACCAGGCUGCGGCAUGGGCCUCCUUCCCGAUCCCGAUUGCACUCGUGUCGUGUGUCAAAAUGGCUGUGGCUACGUUUUUUGUCGUCGUUGCUUGCAAGGCUACCACAUCGGAGACUGCCUGCCUGAAUCUACGGCGAUUUCCAUGCCCGACAGCUGCCGAUAUGCCGUCGAUCCAGAACGCGCUGCCGAAGCUCGAUGGGACGAAGCAUCAAAAGUAACGAUAAAAGUCAUCUCGAAGCCGUGUCCAAAGUGCCGAACACCCACCGAACGUGACGGAGGCUGCAUGCAUAUGGUUUGCACGCGAUCCGGUUGCAAUUUCGAAUGGUGUUGGGUCUGCCAGAUCGAAUGGAAUCGCGAUUGUAUGGGAAAUCAUUGGUUCUAAAAACCAAAAAAACUCAAAAAAUCGAUAAAAAAAUUUUAUUUAAUUUUAAAUAUACUUUUAGCCAAAGAAAAAAUUAAUUUUCACUACGGAAGGUGAUGCAGUACUUAUCGAGAAACAUUUUCAA